AAAUCCAAUUUGUUAUUGUAAUCAGACGUGCUUCAUGAGCCAAAGUUCCCCAUUGCCCUGAAUCUGCUAUUUCGACCCGAAAGUUGCCAAGUAAUCCAAAAUCAGUCACCGGAACCCAAAAUCUCUUUAAUCCCUAAAGUUCGACAGUUUUCCUUCCUCACCCCUUGAAGGAAUGACAAAAACCAUUAAAACCUUGUUGAAAUCACAAUACUCUAAUUAGGACUUCCUUCAAGUAUACACCUAAAUUUUAAAAACCUCCAUCUCGAUCUUUCCUCCUCUGUAUAGAGAGAAAGGGAAGGGGGGAGAGGCCAUGGCAAGGUUAUCUACAAUAAAGAAACCCUCUCAAAGAUCAGAGCUUCUCAAUAACUAUAAAGUCUCAAAAUCAACAUUUGCUUUUGGUUUGUUAAUCGCAGAUUCUAUACUUGUUUCUCUUAUCAUUGCUUAUGUUCCUUAUACAAAGAUAGAUUGGGAUGCCUAUAUGUCACAGGUGAGUGGGUUUCUUGAAGGAGAAAGAAAUUACAGUGAUUUGAAAGGAGAUACUGGUCCAUUGGUGUAUCCAGCUGGUUUUCUGUAUGUUUAUACUGCUAUUCAGUUCAUUACUGGAGGGGAAGUAUACCCAGCUCAGAUUCUCUUUGGUGUUCUGUAUAUUGUGAACUUGGGAAUCAUUCUAUAUAUCUACGUAAAGACUGAUUUGCUUCCUUGGUGGGCACUUACUUUGCUUUGCUUGUCGAAACGAGUCCAUUCCAUCUUUGUGCUUCGCCUCUUUAAUGACUGUUUUGCGAUGACCCUCCUUCAUGCUGCAGUAGCAUUAGUUCUUCACAAGAAAUGGCAUAUUGGACUGAUUAUUUUCAGUGGGGCUGUGUCAAUAAAGAUGAACGUUCUCCUUUAUGCUCCUCCCCUGCUUCUACUCAUGUUAAAGAGUAUGAACAUUUGUGGAGUUGUAACUGCCUUGGCAGGUGCAGCAGUACUGCAGAUUCUACUGGGGUUGCCGUUUUUAUUAUCAUUUCCAGUUGACUAUAUUUCAGGAGCCUUUAAUCUUGGGCGUGUCUUCAUCCACUACUGGUCUGUGAAUUUCAAAUUUGUUCCUGAAAAAAUCUUUGUAUCGAAGGAGUUUGCAGUAAGUUUGCUGAUCAUUCACCUUCUACUCCUUGCUGUUUUUGCCCAUCAUGUAUGGUGCAAGUAUGAAGGAGGACUUCUCAAUUUCCUGUCCUCUAGGUUUACCCUUACGAAAAUGAAAACCAGUUUGUCAAGUUUAGUUUCUCUGAAUCGGUUCCUAGAUCAGAACUCAAGUUUUCAGAACAUCAGAAAUGAACAUAUUGCCACUACUAUGUUUGUUGGGAACUUCGUCGGCAUUAUUUGUGCAAGAUCCUUACAUUACCAGUUCUAUUCAUGGUACUUCUAUACCUUACCAUAUCUCCUCUGGAGAACACCAUUUCCGACAUUGUUGAGAUUGUUAUUGUUUGUAGGGGUGGAGGCUUGUUGGAAUAUAUUUCCCUCAAACAUAUACUCGUCGUCUUUGCUCUUUUGUAUCCAUUUAGUUAUACUUUGGGGUCUCUGGAUUGCGCCGUCUGAACACCCCUACCAAGAUAUGAAGAUUUCAUCCGCAACACAUAAAAAAACAAGAUAGAUGCCAUAAAAAAGAAAGAAGGUUCUUUUCCUCGUAGGUUUUGCGGCUUUUGCCUUUUUCUUUUCCCAUGGAUCAGGUGUUUUAUGUGUAGAUUAUUUUGCUAACUGCAUUUAGUUCUUCUACUUCUUUGUGGGUAAAGAGACAAUUGUAACUUACUAAUCAACAGUGUGUAGUGGAGAAAAGAAGCGAAUUUUCAUAAAUCGAUAUUUUGUGUGCAAAAUAUACUUUGCUUUAUCCUUUAUACCUUAAAA